AUGGCCAGAAAACCUCCAUCUCCCAGGUCGCCAUGUCAUCUCAAGACUACUGGAAAACCAACGACACGCAGUAGUAAAACUAUACCACCUCCUACACCUGCUAUGGCCAAUAAGCCUCCAACUCUCAGGAGGUCAAGUCGUCUCAAAACUCCUGGAACACCAGCGACACUGAGUUGUGAAACUGCACCUCCUUCCACAUCGGGUAUAGUCAGUAAACCUCCAAUUCCCAGGACGCCAAGUCAUCUCAAAUAUCCUGAAACACCAGCGACACCCAAUAGUGAAAUUGGAUUCCCUCCUACACCCAGUAUACUCAGUAAACCCCCAACUCCCAGGACGCCACGUCAUCUCAAAACUACUAGAAAACUGACGACACGUAGUAGUAAAACUAUACCUCCUCCUACAGCCACAAUGGCCAGUAAAGCACCAACUCCCAGGACACCAAGUCAUCUCAAAUCUCCCGAAACACUAGCGACACCGUGGAGAGAAAGUACACCUCAUGCCACACCCACAAUGGCCAUUAAACCUCCAACUCCCAGGACGCCAAGUCAUUUCAAAACUCCUGAAACACCAGCGACACGCAGUAAUGAAACUACAUCUCCUCCCACACCUGAUAUGGCCAGUAAACCUCCAACGCCCAGGGCGCCAAGUCAUUUCAAAACUCCUGAAACACCAGCGACACGCAGUAAUGAAACUACAUCUCCUCCCACACCUGAUAUGGCCAGUAAACCUCCAACGCCCAGGGCGCCAAGUCAUUUCAAAACUCCUGAAACACCAGCGACACGCAGUAAUGAAACUACAUCUCCUCCCACACCUGAUAUGGCCAGUAAACCUCCAACGCCCAGGGCGCCAAGUCAUUUCAAAACUCCUGAAACACCAGCGACACGCAGUAAUGAAACUACAUCUCCUCCCACACCUGAUAUGGCCAGUAAACCUCCAACGCCCAGGGCGCCAAGUCAUUUCAAAACUCCUGAAACACCAGCGACACGCAGUAAUGAAACUACAUCUCCUCCCACACCUGAUAUGGCCAGUAAACCUCCAACGCCCAGGGCGCCAAGUCAUUUCAAAACUCCUGAAACACCAGCGACACGCAGUAAUGAAACUACAUCUCCUCCCACACCUGAUAUGGCCAGUAAACCUCCAACGCCCAGGGCGCCAAGUCAUUUCAAAACUCCUGAAACACCAGCGACACGCAGUAAUGAAACUACAUCUCCUCCCACACCUGAUAUGGCCAGUAAACCUCCAACGCCCAGGGCGCCAAGUCAUUUCAAAACUCCUGAAACACCAGCGACACACAGUAAUGAAACUGCACCUCCUUCCACAUCGGGUAUAGUCAGUAAACCUCCAACUCCCAGGACGCCAAGUCAUCUCAAAACUCCUGAAACACUCUCGACAUCCAGUAGUGAAUCGGUAUCUCCUUCUACACCCGGUAUGCGCAGUGAACCUCCAACUCCCUGAACUCCAAGAAAUCAGAAAGCUACUGAAACACCAACGACACCCAGUAGUGAAAUUGGACCUACUUCUACUCCCGCUAUGG